UUCAUUCGACUCGAUUCGUCCACUUGCUUUACCCGCUGUGGCAAUGAAGGAGGCGGCUGAUGCUUUCUGAUGUUCGCCUUGGUGAGGAAGUGGGCCUCACAUUUGAUCCACAAACAUGGCCAGAAGUUCGUCAAGGAAGUCCCUGAGGAACUGCUCCAGUUUUCACUCUCCAGUUGCUCAGUGGAGCUACCGAGGCUGGACCUUCAGGAGAGACUCUUCGAGAAUUUGGACGUGCUCUUACCCUUUGAGGUGUCUUCGGCCUACCUGGAAGAUGUGGCCGUCUUUUUGCGCUGGCGAGGAUCCUCCUGUACCAUUGCGGUGGAGGCACGACUCUUGGUGGUGCGGGGAAGGAUGCGAGCCUUCCAGGAUUGGGAGAAUGUCUUGCGCUCGCAUGCACCGGAGCUCCAAAGCAGAGAAGCUGCCCAAAGUUUCAAGGCAGCUGCGCUGAAAGCACAUGAAGAGGAGAUCUUGGAUUUGGCGCGACGUUUAUUGGGAACGGCUGUGCUUGAUCAAAGUGGUUCCUUGCCAGAUGUGGAAUUCAAGCUUGGAGGUGACCCUUCGCUGAGGGACGGGGACUGGGGCUUUCAGCUACUCCUCGAAGAGGACAGCGGCCAGAUCAGUCUGACGGGAAGUGGUUUCGAGAUUUGCGACGGAGUCAACCUCAACGAGAUUUUGAAUGAUAGCCAGGCCUGGCGCCUGGAUUUUCGCCUCAAAGGCUUGAUGGCCUCGUGUAAAGUGGACGAGCGCAGCACUCCCUGCAUCGGUCCCUGUGAAGAGUUGGGUUUGGAGUUCACCUUUGCGCAAACCCGCCAGGUGAAAUCACACGUGGAGCUGCCCAAAUGGCCAAAGCGAAGCAUGACUCAAGCCUUUGAGGAGAUGGAUGAGCUGCCCAGAGUGAGCCUGGCCGUGUGCUCCACGUCAUGCCCGGUGCGCGCCAGUCUGUCGCAAGUGGCCUUCUUCACCUCCCACGGCCUCAGUUGGGGGAGGUGGUUUGCCUUCCGAGAGGCGCUGGCGGUAAGUCUCUGCCAGCCAGAGCAGGGCGAGGAGGGCCAGGCGGAGGAAGGUUCCCAUGUGAUUCCGCAGAGCAGUUCCAGCUCCAGCACAGGGGCUGGUUCUCGGUACCAGCGGAAAUGGCUUCUUCGGCUGGCGCGGAUGUUAGAUGCUUCCUCUGUCCAAGCUAACCCCGAGAUGGGCCAGGUCGAGGUCCUCUCGCAGGACCCCUAUGUGGCCAGCAUCGAAGAGAACCAACCCCUGCGGCAGACCCUGCGGGAGAGGCGCUUGGCAUUGCUGAAGCCCAGUGGUGUGGAUGAGGAGAACCGUGGCCUGGUGAUCGCAUCUCAACGGUGUAUGUGUUCCGAGACCCGCACCUCCUACGACAUGCUGCUGACCGACCCGACGGCGCGUCACACUUUCACUCUCAUGGUGAACCUCACCUGCAGCGAAGUGGAGCUGCUGAGCGACUCCUCUUCCCUGGCGGUGUUACCCAUCUCUGUGAACUCCAGUAUUGUGGUGGACUUGGGUGUCCAUGAUGCUCUGGAUUUGAAGCCUUUGUCCCUCCGCCUUCUCCUCUCCGACGUGGAGCUGCGGCGCCGCGCCAUCUCCAGCAUCGCGGUGUCGCGGGAGUCGCGCGAGCAGCGCGACUCGACGCUGUCGCAGCGCAGCAGCGCCUCUGAGGGCGCCUCCAGCAGCCUGGGCAGCAACUCCGUGGGCGCCUGGAACCGGUUGGGGCUCGGAGGCUUCAGCAAGCCGCCCUUGUUGCGGGUGGUGGGGCUGACCACUAUGACGAUGGACUUGACUGAGCCGGAUGAUGCCGAGCUUGCUGAGAUUCGGUCGCCCAGGUGGUACCUGGACGUUGGAGGCCUCCUCCAGGCCUGCAUCUCCUACCCGCUGCUCCUGGAUGUCCUGGAACUGGUCGGACAGCUGCAGGAGGAGCUAUUGGAGGUGACCUCUGAGGAGGAGGAGAUCCUGCUGCGUCAGGACUCGGAGCCACACAGGCCUCGGCGUAGCUCCCUGAUGUACAUGCCCGUGAGCUUGGAAGAAGGUUGGGAGGAGGAGGUGGAUAACUCGGCUUUGGUAGAGAUCCUGGCUGCCAUCCGCCGCACCAGCCCUGAGCUCACCAGCCCCAGCAGCUGCAGCACGGAUCUGCGCAUGAGCGCUGUGAGCGCACCCUUGACCGUGCUGGUGCCCUGCGCCAGGACCAUCGAUGGAGCCGAGGACCGCGUGCUCGGCGCCACCUUGGAAGGCCUCUUAGUGAUGCAAUUGCGCUUGCAAUGCGAGCCCACCGAGAAUCCGCUGAAAGAGGAGGAGGUGUCAUCUUCCAACGGCAUGAGGACGCACGCCGAGAGCCACGCCGUGUCUUCCCAGCGCUUUUGCGCGCGGCAAAUUUCUGCCUGGCUGCUGCCGGAAGACCCCGCGCGGCACCUGCUCAAGACCAGCUUCGCCGACGUGGAUCUGACGCAGCACCGGGGCCGGCCGCUGCUGCUGUCGUGCGACAAGGUGUCGGGGCGCAUUUCGCAGGAGAAGGAACUUCACUUGUCAUUCAACCUCUCGGAGCUCAUUUUCCACGUGAGCAGCAGCGACGCCGUGCUGCUCUCGCUGCUGUUGGGCUCGCUGGGCAGCGCCAGCGGCCGAGCGGCCGAGGAGGAGCCGCCGGAGGCGCCGCGGCGGACGACGCUGGACGUGGUGGCCGCGGGGGUGUCGCUGCGACUGCUGCAUGCCAGUGCCAAGAGAGAGGCGUCUUUGAAGGUCCUGGCGAGAUUGGACAUUGGAGUGCAGGAAAUUCACAUGGUGAGUGAAGAAAAGGUGGAACUCUUGUUGUACAGCUUACAGCAUGUGUUGCUCUCGGACUACAAACAAGAGGUGACCCUCGUGAGAUUCUUCGGGGAGGAAAGUCAACAGUGCGCCAAACUCCGCUUGGGCAGCGGUGCAGGGCAUGCCCGAGAAGCUUCGGUGCUGUUGGGACAUUUGCAGAUCUUGGCACACUGGAAUCUCUGCAGCUCCCUGUUGGUGUCCCUGGUGCUUAUGAAGAGCGCCGUGGCGGGAGCGCAGGGCCGCCAGAUGGCCAGUUCCGCCUCGUCGUCGAGCCCAUCCUCUGGAAAUUCGCAGGGCGGAGCCAAAAAGAUGGUGCUGCGGGGUCGCUGGCAGCAGAUCAUGUUCUACGUGCCAACCUUUGGAGAAGGACUGGAGGAAAAGGGUGGCCUUUUACUGAGUUGCGGCCUACAGAUAGCUGGAGGUCCUGUGCAGAAAGGAUACUGGAAGGGCAAAGCACAGGUGUCACAGCUGUCGCUCAUGGCUGUGGAUUCCAUGGAAGCCACAGCAGCCAGGAGAGGGUGGGACUCUGACCGGUGAUUCCAGGUGAAAGUCUUGGGAUUUCACCAAACUUGGGGUGCAACCACUGGAGAUAAA